UUGACAUUUAAACAUUACCCUCGCGGGAAAUUAACAAAAACUGUUCUUAUUUGUAUAUUAUCAGUAAACUGUUACCAACAAAAGGUGCGAUUGGUACUUUUUGUGUAUACUCUAAAAUAAUUGAAAUAGUUUUUAGAGGUUAUGUUGUUGUUUAUGAUAUCCCAAGCUCCUAAGAAUGCGUAAAUUACAAAAGAAAACGAAAUCAGCAACACCACCACAAAGGCCCUCUAGGUUUGCCUAUACGUUUAAAAUUGGAUGGUUCACUGCAUUAAAUGUUAAGUUAGAAGAAGUUGCAAUCAAUGAAGUGGUGUUACGAAUCCCACUGCCCCCAGACUGUAAAGAGCAGAAAAAGCAAAGCAGGAACGAUGUUAGUCCAGUAAAACCAACCAUGUCCUCAUCCAUGAGUCGUAAACCUGAUAAGAAAUUGAUACACCGCUCUUCUACACUUAGCAAGAAUUCUUCAAGUACAGAACAGAAUCCACGCAAAAGAUCGGCAGAGCAGUCUUCUGUUUCCUCGUCAGUAAAUGACAGGUCCGCUAAAACAUCUAAACGUCGCCAUUUAUCAGUUAAUAAAAGCAAAGAGUCUCUAAGUAAGCAGCAGAGUAUGUCUGAAAAUUCUUCAGAUUCUAAGUCUGCGAGCCCUGAUUCUGUCCAAAGAGUUAAACAUCUGGGCGCAUCCGUUAGUGAAAGCAAAGAAACUUUGAGUCAACCUGAAAGUCUUGUCAAAAGUCCACCAAAACAGUCGUCUAAUUUGAACCCUGAACCAAAGCAUAACAGUUUACCAGUUAAUGACAGUGAAAGCUCGUCAAGUAAACUUCAGAAUUCCGCUAAAAAUCUUUCAAAGCAUCCUCAUUUAAGAGUAAAUGGCAACAAAAACUCUUCAAGUACGCAGCGGGGCCCAUCAAAAAGUGUUUCAAAACAGUUAUCAAAAAGAACCAAAUGUGCAGUGAAAGGUGCAAUUAAACGUGGCCAGAAAUCGCAUGCUGUGUACAUUGUUAGGAAAGAUGAAAAUUUCGCUAAUAAACUGCGCCAAAAACUCAAACAACUUGUACAUAUUCCCAGUCUGAGUAGUAGCCAGAUUAAGUUAACAGUAGACUUUGAAAAACUAUCAAAUUUGGUGUUGCACAUGAAGUUACCUUCGGCAGAUUGGCGAGUUACGGUUUUAAUGAACCGUGACCUAAGUUUAGUAUUUGAAUUUACCAACAAAACUUCAUUAAGGCAUGUUAGGUUUUCAGAAACUCAUUGUAAUAUAUGUGUUAGUGGCAAAGCCGUGAUUUUGUUAGGUUGUCCGAAAACUGUAGAUUCUGUAAAAGAUAUUGAGAUCUUGUUAGAAAUUGUAGAUAAACUUAACUUAGAAGAUUGUAUGGUUAUCACAUCUUCAUGAAUAUAUAAAUGUAAGUAACUAUACCAUUAAUUUUCUG